CUUGUCGACGAGCUCGCAAAACGGAAGGAGGUGGGUCAAUGCAAGACCCAGGGAGAUAGACUGAAGGUUCUCAAUUGCAUACGACUGCUCACUCGCCUGAUCCCCAUCCUGAGUGAGACACCCAUCGUUAAACCCGCAAGCACCAAAAGCUCAGGCGAUGGAGCGAACAUAUCAACAGCCACAGGCAGUGCGAAUACAGCCGCACACUCAUCGGGCAGAGAGUUGAUGAAUCGUCUGUUCUGGAAAGAACGUCCCAUCACUCUCUACCGCAAGUCUCAUGUGGCGGUGGAUACGGCCAAUACCAAAGGCACGUCUACAGACGACUUGGAUGUGCAGUUUGCUCUGGAUGUGGAUAACCAGAACAUUGGAGCUGAUGUGUCUGAGCAAAUGUCCAACGCGCAAUUGGGAGACAACGAGACGCCCACACGCGCAUCAGCCGGAGAUGUGCACGGUAUGGACUUGCAACGCCUACCAUCAGUCUCCUCUAUUACAUCUGAGAAUGCACUACACACGCCACGACCCAGCAGCACAGAUAGCUUAGCCGCACGCGUGAGAGCCGAAACAUCCAGGUAA